AUGGCAAUUCAUAUGAUCUCAGAGGUUACAAGUCCAAGAAUCUCUUUCUCAUCAGAUGAUAUUUGCUGCAAACAAGUCUUAGAUUUGCAACAUUAUCAAUCAGAUUCAAAUUCUGAAUUCGAUUUCUGUAUUAGCAACAUUGCUAAUACAGAAACUUGUUCAGCAGACGAACUCUUCUUAAAUGGAUUAAUUCGCCCUCUUCAACUACAACAAAAAGUUGUCACAUUAUCUCCGACUCCAGCUCCAGCUCCAGUUGCAACUAAAAAUGUAAUCUCGAAACAUAAUGUUACAAUUACUAGUAACAUUAGUGUUGAUGAUGAUGAGCAAAAGGAUCAAAACAAGUCGUUUUGGCGUAUUAGAAGAAGUACUAGUCUUCACGGAAAUAAGAAAAGCUCAUUUUGGUCGUUACCACGCAGUAAUUCUACUGGAUCAAAGAGUUGUUCAGUAAAAGAAAAUCAGAAACAGAAGAAGAAUAUAAUGAAUCCUUCUUCUGGAGUUAGUUUUUACUCAUCACAAAAGCCUCCAUUGAGAAAGAAUUAUAGUAAUGGGAUUUGCAUUAAUCCUGUUUUGAAUGUACCACCUUAUACUUUUAUUCCAAAGGCUACUGCUAAUCUCUUUGGUUUAGGAUCUUUCUUUGCCAAUGGAAAAGAUAAGAAGAGUAAGAAAUGAUUUUUUUUUUGUGUAUUUUGUACUUUCUUCUCUUCGUUUUUUUUAUAAAUUAUUAUUGAAUUUCACCAUA